AUAAAAGAUUCAGUAAUUUUUUAAACUAUUUAUGAUUACUGUGUAUUGGUUUAAAUUUUUUGGCAUUUUGGAACAAAGAAAUUUGAUUUAUGUAGUUUAAAAGCACCCCUUAUAUAGGGCAAAUAUUAUUUGGUUUUUAACACGUUUGUGUUUUCGCAAGGAUAAUGAUUACGACGGAUUUUUCCUCAUGCAAAACCCAAAAACAAAAACAUCAAGUCACACAUCCCAUAUUAACCUUCAUCAUAAAUAUCUUUGCAGUCUGUGGGAUCUUAUUUAGUCUGGCAUUUUUUUCUAUUUACCGAAAAAUUGUUGAUUUCUAUUUAAAGAUUAAAAUAGGAAAAUGUUAUGGAGGUAUAAUGGCUCCUGAAGAUGUGAUAUUCUUUGCAUCUCCAGUGUCUAAGUGUUGUAUAACUUCAGUAUUUUAUAUCGAAUGUGGUAAAAAUACUAAUGUAUUUGAAAGGGUUUGCGAAAUUGUUAAGGAAAAGGUAAUCGAUUAUCCAGACAAAUAUCCGAAACUAACCAGCACAGUGCAUAAGUCAUGUGGAUACUUUUAUACAAAAACUGAGCAGUGUGAUAUAUUUGACCUAGUAAGACCUAUAAAAUUAGAAACAGGUCAAACAUUUAAUGAUGAAUAUCUUAAAAAAUACACAGGUGAUUUAGCGAAUGCCGAAUUUGGAAAAAAUGAUACCAUGCUGUGGGAAAUACUUGUGGCACCCAAUCCCAUCGUAGGUGAUUUUCAUAAACCUUACACGUAUCCAAUAAUUGCCAGGUUUCACCACUCAGUUGCUGAUGGGACCACUUUGAUCUCUUUAUUGCUUCAAAUCUGGGGAGAUGAAUCUUGUGAGAACUAUUGUCGGAAUAUUUUUAAAAAGUUUAAAGAUCCUUUAACAAACCCAAAGACUUACAACAGUUGGACUGAAAUGGCAAUUGAUAGACUUAAAAAUCUAAUCAAUUUGGUCCUUUUAUACCUAGAGAUGAUUUUUAUAUCAUUUGGUAAGGUCAUAGAAAUGGUAUUGUUCAAACCCAAUAACAUAAAUGCGUUACAUGGAAGGAAAAUCACUGGAGAGAAGAUUUGUGCGUGGACAAUUGAAGACAAGACAGAGUGUAUACAGCUGGCAAAAAACAUUAAGAAUAGGGAAAAGACCAAUUUUAAUACCGUUAUUGCUACUGCAAUGGCUGCUAGUUUAUCCCAGUAUUUUAAACGGAAUGGCUUUCCAAUUCCCGAAUACAUAACUGGGGCACUAACCUUCCUCACAAGUUAUCCAGAUGAAGAUUCAUCGAAGCCGGUAGUCUUAAACAAUAAAAGUGGAGUAAUAAUGUUUGACCUUCCGAUGAUAUAUGGUUCAAAAACAUUACAACAGGCAUUACAACAUGUUUUCAAAGAGUGGAACAGACAACUGAAGGUAUCGCAUGGUUUGAUAUUCACUUUUUUAAUGCACCACAUAGCAUGCAUUCCACUACAAAUAUUAACCAAAUGCUUCUCUUGGAAGUCUCAGACUUUCCUUUUAUCCAAUGUGCCUGGUGGUUCAGUUAUGAAAACCCAAGAUGGAUGGACUUGCCACAAUAUAAUUCCUAUUGCACCUAAUGCACAGGAAAUCGGUGUAUCAUUUGGCAUACUAACAUACGAUGAUAAAUUCCACAUAGGAGUAUUGGUUGAUAAGGCUUUCGUAAGCUCACAGGAGGAAGUCCAAAAAAUUGCGGAUGAUGUUCUUUUUUAUAUUAAGUUAUUAGACAAUGAAACUCAAUAAUUAUAUAAAGACAUUUUUAUUAUUCUUAAAGAAGUCAUAACUUUUGGAGUCUAUAAUUUUUUGUGACGCUAAUUUGCUAGUAAAAUCUCUAAACCUUACCCCUCUAGUCUCAUAUUUGUCUUGUAAUAUUGAUUAAAAAUAAAGUUUCGACUCACAAGCUAGAUACUUUAUAGUAAUAAUAAUAGUUUACUAAAAUAUAUAAAUUAAAGAGAAAUGUUGUUACUAGUAAAUAGAAAAUGUUGAAAGUAAU